UCCCCGACAUCACACCAUCAUGGCUUCUUCACAACAGCAGACACAGCCAGACAUGUCCCUGCGUCUCGUACCAGGUCCAUCAGGCUCAUCCAGCACAUCCGUAUCCUCCACCUCGACCGCGGUCCACGCCGGAAUCCACGAUACCAUCCGCUUCGGCCACCGGAACAUUGCACACGAGACUUCGGCUGCUGGAAGCGGCGGACAUCACCCCUUGCAGGAGAGACUGGAGAAGUGGGACGAGACGAGAGACAAUCUCAAGUUGACUGUGGGGAGGAACGUGUAUGGAAUGGGCGUGCCGAUUAGGACGAUGAUGGAGAGGAAGGUCAUCUCAUACGACCCUCAUUUCCCCGUUGUUCACAAGAUGCCAGGCAGCGGCAUUGGCGGCUCGACCAGGGGCGGCUUCUCCCAACUACAGAUGGACAUCCUAGAUGGCAAUGACGAGACACUGGACCCAAGAGACUUCUUGCCAUCAUAUACCUCUAGCGGCCCUCAGGCCGACCUGCACGCCCACAUGGAGAGAAAGUAUGGCAUUUGAGGUGGUAUAGAUGGAGAAGGUGGUAUACAUCGUUACAUUGUGAAUGAGCUGAGUGAGAGCAAUGUACAGAUAAAGCAUCCGAUUGGACUGUGACAUCAGGAAGGUUGCGAGGGGUGCCCAGGGUAGAAGAGACCACUGAUGCUCAAGGCAUGACCGCCACGGAGCAUGUGCGUCGACGGGCCAGCCCGUGACGGAGGAGUUGCAGACUUGACCACAUUGGUGUUUACCUUCGUCCAAUCACCAGAGACCCUCACGUUUGGGGUCUCGUUGCACAGGGCUGACGUAUCGAGGUGACUCCUCGACCAUGUGGGGACGGGCCCCCGUACAGAAUCGCCCAAAGCAGGGAGAACGCGACUCUGUUGAGCUUCAGCCCUUCAGCUCAGUUUUUGCUCGAUGAAGGGGGUAUAUAUCAUACAAAAGUGUGGCCUCUGGUCAUGCAAAGCAACCCAACAAUUAAGAAGUG